AAUGGAACAAACCUAUACAUUUACAAUUGAAUCUAAAAAAUAAAAUAUAGAUACCCUUACUGAAGAAUAACAAUAAGAAUUCAAAGCACAUGCAGAAGAAUGCUAAAUUAUUGUCUUGAAAGGUAAUAGUUACUCCAAAUAAUUUUUCAAUCAAUUCUCAGAAUACAUUACAACCGCCAAAUAAUUAUAAGUAACUUAAAUUUGUAAAAUUAGAAAAUCAAUGCAAAUGAUAUAUUUGUUGGAAAAGGAAAAGAUGAAAUUCCAUAAUCAUUAUAAGUAUAAUUUAAUCCAAUAUUUCUUAGAUAUUAGGAAAUAGUCUCAUUAGAUUAAAUAUCUUGAGUCUUGAUCUAUCCAACAAUGCAGUCAACCCAUUUGGUGCUGAAGCAUUAAAACCUUUUCUUAAAUAAGCACAUUAAUUAUAAAAGCUUUUCUUAAAUAAUUGUGGUUUAGGCAUCAGAGGAGUUGCUUAAGUUUCUGAAGGAUUAUAAGAAGGAGAACACAAUUUAUAAAUAUUAGCUAUAGCUAGGAAUAGAGCUGAAUGUGAUGGUGCAAUUGAAAUAUCCAAAGCAUUCCCAACAUGCAAAAAACUAAAAGAAUUGCAUAUUUAUUAGAAUGGUAUCAAAUAAAAAGGCAUGAUGGAAUUAUUAUCAUCAUUAAAUAAUAAUUGUUCUGAAUUAACAACUAUAGAUAUAAGAGAUAAUUUUGUACAUGAAGCAACAACUUAAAAUUUAAGUGAUCUUAUAAUAAAUUGUGCUCAUUUGACAGCCAUCAACAUAUCAGAUUGUAAUAUUUAAGGAAAAUAAAAUAAAUAAAUAUUGGAGGCUUUAACUAAAUUAGUAAAAAUAGAAAGAUUAGGUUACAAUUAUGCUGAAUUAAAUGAUGUAUAGGGAAACGAAUUAUAUGAAAUUAUUGCUAAAUAAGUAGAUAAUAUUACAGUAAUGAUUAUAAAUUAUUUAAGAAAUUGGAAUUGAAAGGAAAUGAAUUCAAGAAAGCAACAAAAUAAAAGUUUAAAGAAUUAUUUGCAACUAAAGAUAAAGUUCUUGGAGCAUUUGAUAGUGAUGAUGAAGAUGAGGAAGAGGCAGAUGAAUUAUAAAAAUUGUUUAGUCAAUUGGUUAUUUGA